AUGGCUUUUACAGCUUUUUGGAUUGCACUUCUGGUCCUUCUGAGAGCAGUACAUGCAAAAGAAUACGUUGUUGGAGAUGAAGAAGGCUGGAAUUCUAACGUUGAUUACUAUGCAUGGGUUGAGGGCAAGACUUUCUAUGUUGGAGACAUAUUAGUUUUCAACUACAACCAGGAUGAUCACAAUGUCAUUGUAGUCAAUGCUACUGGAUAUGAUAAGUGUCUGUCGUCUCCAAAUUUGGGAAUCUUCAACAGCAGCAACGACAGGGUAACCUUGACAACUCUAGGGGACAACUAUUAUAUAUGCCAAUGGCACUGCGAUUUCUCAGACCAAAAGCUGAUGAUCAGAGUCAUGAGGAAGUAG